GCCAAAGGAAGCGCGUUCAAUGAGCUACGGAGGCAGACCGGCUUUUGUUACCGCGUUGGGCCGGCUUGUUGGCCAGGCUAUGCAGUCGCCUUCAGAGAGAGCGCGGCGACCUGCCUGAGCGAGGACUGCGGUUUCUGAGGUUACCCAGAAGGUGUUAGACGUUGGAGCCGCAGACGUUGGUACGUUGCAACCAGCCAGGGCAGCUGGUGGAAUUCCUGCUCUACAUUGCCUCUUGGCAGCUGUCUGGAGAACUGCAAUCCAGGCUGCCACCAUGGAUUCUACCAGCCGCCCCCAUGCGAAGGACCAUAAUGAACUCAGCUACUAUGUCAACUAUGCCUUAAUCAAGGAGCAUUACAACUUCACAGGGAAGCUAAACGUGAGCAUGGACAGUGGGGUCAAGGCGUCAUUGGUGGUCUUCAUCAUCAUUUGCUGCUUCAUCAUCCUAGAAAACAUAUUUGUCCUGUUGACGAUCUGGAAAACCAAAAAGUUCCACCGACCUAUGUAUUACUUCAUUGGUAACUUGGCGCUCUCUGAUUUGCUGGCCGGGGUGGCUUACAUCGCCAACCUCUUGCUGUCUGGGCCCAAGACCUACUCUCUCACACCUGCCCAAUGGUUUCUUAGGGAAGGAAGCAUGUUUGUGGCGUUGUCUGCUUCGGUCUUCAGCCUCCUGGCCAUUGCCAUUGAGAGAUACAUUACAAUGCUGAAGAUGAAACUCCACAAUGGCAGCAAUAGUUUCCGCUCCUUCCUGCUGAUCAGUGCCUGCUGGGUCAUCUCUGCGAUAUUAGGGGGUCUCCCUAUUAUGGGGUGGAACUGCAUUGGCCUCCUCAAAUACUGUUCCACGGUGUUGCCCCUCUACCACAAGGAUUACAUCCUCUUCUGCACCACUGUGUUCACUGGCCUCUUGCUGUCCAUAGUGGUUCUUUACUGCAGGAUCUAUGUCUUGGUAAGGACAAGGAGCCGUCGGCUGACCUUUCGGAAGAACGUGGCCAAAGCCAGCCGGAGCUCAGAAAAGUCUCUGGCUCUGCUCAAGACGGUGAUCAUCGUUUUAAGUGUCUUCAUUGUCUGCUGGUCUCCUUUGUUCAUCCUUCUCUUGCUGGAUGUGAGAUGCAAAGUCAACUCUUGCCCCAUCCUCUUCGAAACAGAGUAUUUCUUAGUACUGGCAGUUCUCAACUCGGCUACCAAUCCCAUCAUCUAUACACUGACCAACAAAGAGAUGCGGAGGGCCUUUGUCAAGAUUAUGUGGUGCUGUAAGUGCCCCACCACAGACUCUGGGACCAAAUUCAAGAGGCCCAUCAUUGGAGGGAUAGAGUUUAGCCGAAGCCGGUCGGACAAUUCCUCCCAUCCGCAGAAAGACGAGGGUGACUCUCCAGAGACUAUUGUGUCUUCGGGUAACGUCACUUCCUCAUCGUAGGAGUUUCCGCAAAGAGGAAGCAUGAGCCCCUUGAAGGCUGACACAUGGGGAAUGGCUCUGCUCACUUGUCGCCCACCAGAAAGAGGAGAGCUAUGGGAGAAGGGGUCGGUGUGAGGUGGGAAGCGGGGUGCUUACUAGGGUGCUGUUGACGGCAUGAGAUGGAUGGUGUGACUGGAAAAUAUUUUUCCCCUCCCCUGGAAGCUCGUUGUGUGUGAGCUUUGUGCUGAGGCAGCUUCAGGUUUUAGGCGUGUUCAUGUCCAAUAUAACUCUGAAAGACUGAAACCUUGGUAAACCAACACCUUGUUGAAUGAGAGUGUGAGUGAGGAAGGACAGAAGGUGUCUUCCAGUGUUCUCUUCCUCCCAAGACAAAUGUGAACCCCUGAAAUGAAGGUUGUGCUGUUUUUGAACGAUGGCCCUCCCCAACUAGGCCAGGGAAACAAAUGUGCCAUUGUAUUCUGGGUAAAUAUAAAGAGGAUGUGAGGAUUUUUCCUCGGCAUUGGCUGAGGUGUCAACGGCACUUUGGCACUUUCGGUUGAAAGUCAAUGGGAAUUAGACAUUGAAGACUGCAAGAGCACAGCGCCAUGCUGCUUGCCAUAGUCGAAUCUCCCACAUUUAGUGCCACUAAGCUUGAGUUAGGUCGGGUAUGUUUGGAACAGUAGCAGAUGUGCCAUUUGAAUUUUGAAGCUGAAUUGAUUUGAUAAAUAUGCUACUCAGUACCAAGGUGCAUUCAUUAUGUUUUUCUAUAGCACCUGAUAUACAAAAUAUUAUCCAACAACCAUUGUCUGGCUUAUCCUCACAGUGAUCCUAAGAAAUAGUUUAGGCUCAGAGAUAAGAUUCAGACGUUUGCAAGCCUUUAAGGUUGAACGAAGUGAUGCAAUUGGACCUCUCUGUAACCUAAGCCAAUGGUCUACAUUCCACUGCAACAUACUCCAGACACUUUUAUAUCCCAGAAUGUUCAUAAUUUGUAAAUGUGUUUAUAGUUUGUCAAUCAAUGUUCACAGGAAGGGUUAACUGAAUGUAAUUUGUUACAGUCAAUCUCUAUUGCGUGUGUAUGUAUAUAUACAUAACUAACCUGAGUUAAUCAGGUUGAAUGUGUACAAAGUGUAGAGAUGCUAACAAGGAUAGCCGCUGUCCUGUAUCUGUAGCAGCCAUCACUGAUCUGAUCAGAUCUAGGACCUUACCUUUAAUCCCAACCUGCAAUGUGGGACACGGUUUAAAUUAUUUGCCCAUCUUUUCCCUCUUCCUCCUGGGGGUGACCAGAUGUAAGGAAGGACAACAAAGCUAUUGUGCUUGUAGCGAUUGUGUAGGAGCAGGAAUUCCAGUAGUACUGCUUGCCAUGAAAGCGGAAAAGGUAGUGCUGUGCUUCCUGAAAUCCACUCUGCUACACAAUCAUUACAAGCUUAAGAACCCUUGUCGGACCCUAGGAAGAACACAUGCUUGCCGUUUGAAAGGUCCCAAAGCCUAAAAUAAUGAGCAGAAAAUGGCGCGGUAUGAACCAGUUGUGGGCUGUGACCCUUCUGUUGAAGACUAGUGACCUAAAGCCGCACUGUGGUAAUAAUGUGCAGGUUAGCUGAAAUCAAUUUAUUAAUGUACAAAUAUGGAUGGGAUUUAUAAUUUUUUUUUAAAGGCUGUUGGCCUUUUAGUAUUAUUUCCAGUGCAAUUUUUUUUAAAAAAAUAGUAUUUAAGAUGUUUCUGACUUUGGUUGUACAAUUUGCACAUAGCUUCAUUGACCUCUAAACAUUAAUAAA